AUGGUGCCUCUGCCUCUUUUCAAGCUAGCGGCACUGUUUGUGCGACACAUCUCCAAGUAUGGCGCUAACCGAAUAAAAGCGCAAGCCCAUGAUCAUCCGCGCUUUCGCGCUUUUGCUGCCAAGUACGGCCAGCACAUGCACCAAUUGAACAUGCGCAUGUCGGUGGCGUUACUGCGAGACCUCGAAGCCGAACGUCGCGCCAAAGAGCGUGCCGAAGCCCCGACUGUCAAGACAGAAGAACAACACAAACGCGACGAGGCUGCCAAAGAAAAGAGACUCAAACCUACUGCCUCGUCAUCUUUGUCUGCAUCGACAUCAUCGUCGUCAUCCUCUUCGGCGUCGUCGUCGUCGUCGUCGUCGUCAUCGUCGAAAUACCCUCGAAUGACGUUUCAAAAUGUUUGGAAGCGUAAAUUUCGUCCGCUGCCCGAAGCCAAGGCUGUAGACCUCUUCGCCGACGUCAUUGGCGACGCCUUCAUCCUGGGUGUUGCUGGUGGAUUGAUCAUAUACGAAUCGUGGAAGGCCUUGCAAAAACCCGACGUUAACAAGCAAAGAAUCGAUGAUCUGAGCGAACGUCUUGAAGCACUCCGACGAAGGGAAGAGGAGCUGGUUGAAGUCGACGAGAAGCAGAGGCGAAGACUCGAACAGCUGGAAGACGCGCUGAGACAGCUGAGAGAUCCGAAAACAAAACAACCCAUGUUACCGACUCUCUACAACAUUGAUGCCGCUUGA